UCCACCAAAGCCAAAAAUUAAAAAAUAAAAAAAAAGAAAUUUCUCUAUAUAAUGUGCAAGUUGUUAGCCCUAGGGUACACACUUAAUUAGAUUCCCUUUCUUUUAUUUUGUUGAAGCUUUAGAUUUCAAUCUCUCUUUCCUUUUGAUCAGGUGUUUCUUACUGGUUCUGUUGUUAGGUUAUAUGAGAGACAAUGAAUUGAUUUGGGAAUUUUGCCUUUUAAAUAGGGAUAGAUUUCAGGGUAUGGUUUAAAAUAAUUGUUUUGCUGGAAGUUAAUUUUAAUCUAAAAGCUGGUAAGAGAGAAGAAGGCGAGGCGAAAAUUUUGGAAUCAUGCCGGUAUCUGGAAAUGAAGAGAUGGGAGUUAAACCCAGUGUUGGGCAGUUUAGUGAAUACAAUGCAGGUAUUCCAAUAAAGAAAAGGAGGUAUCCCUUGAUUUGCUCACCUUCUCAACCGACUGAAGAUUCGCCUUUACUAUCAACUGAAAAUGAAUCAGAGCAGAAAGGAGUUUCUAGUCCGCUUCAGGGUUCAGCUAUUUCAAAUGAUAGCAUUGUUGCAACGAGCUCAAACAUCGGUGGUGUUGAAGCAAGUUUAAACACUAGUGGUGCAGUAGGGAGUUCAAAUGCUAGUGUAGCUGCUGGGAAUUUAACUGUUACUGGUGCAACGAGUUCAAACAUCAGUGGUGGUGAAGCAAGGUUAAACACUAGUGGUGUAGUAGGGAGUUCAAAUGCUAGUGUAGCUGCUGGGAAUUUAACUAUUACUGGUGUUGCAGCUAGUUUGAAUGCUGGUAGUAUUGCCGCAAGUUCUACUUCUCGUAUUGUUACAGCAAGUUCUACUGCUAGUAGUGUUACAGCAGGUUCUAAUGCUAGUAAUGCUGUGGAAACUUCUAAUUCUAGUGGUGUUGCAGCAAGGGUUUCAAAUGUUAGUAGUAUUGCAGCAAGUGUUUCCUGCUUUUCUGAUGCAAGUGAGAGAUCUUUAACUGAGAAAGAGAAGAAAAGUUCUGAUGAUACAGAUGGCAGCAUGGUGCAGGGUAAUAGUAACCUCCUUAGGGUAAAACUUGAAGAACAAAGCUUUACUGUUCACUCUAGGACUUUGUUUGAUAGUGACAGCCAAGGGAAGCUUGUGGCAACUGGAGAAUCUGACAAUAUCCUGAGAAAGUCAACAGAAUCUGAGUUGGACUUAGUAGGCAAUGAUCCUCGGUCUUUGUUUGGUACUGACAGCAAAGGGAAGCUUGUGGCAACUGGAGAAUCUGAUAAUAUCCUGAAAAAGCCAACAAAAUCUGAGUUGGACUUAGUAGGCAACGUUCCUCUUACUCUUAAUAUAGGGAAAGUUAUAUAUAGCCAGCAAAAUAGAGAUGGAAAGUGUAGAUCACAAUUACCUACAGUUUCUGGGAACCCUGGAUUAUCAUUAGGUUCAAGGGAAUAUCUUUCAGCUAUGGCUAGUGGAAAUAAUGAGCAUGGUUUUCAAAAUCAGGAAAAGGCAGAACCUGUUUCCUUGAAUCUAUCUUUAAGCAAAGGAGAAUGCAGUGCUCAACUUAAAAGUACCAAUGUCCAGCCUAAUACUAAUGGUGCUGAUAUGCUUGCUGACAGAACAAACUGGGAUUUGAAUACUACAAUGGAUUCUUGGGAAGUUCCUGCCAGUGAUGAUGGUGCAAGCCAAAAAACUACUCAUAUGGAUGAUAUAAAGCCAUUAAUUUGCUCAGCUGGGAUGACUGCUACCAGUAUGCCUAUACAGCGGAAAAUACUUGAAGAGUUUGAGUGCAUACUAUCUAGCCAGCAGUAUAGCGCUGAGGAUUCACUUCGUUUGGGCCUCUCUAUGCCCCAUCUUCAUUUGAACUCCAAGGAAAAACCUUCAGGCUCAUCAGCUGAAGUGGACUUGCGCAAAGUUAUUACAAAUAUCAACUCACCUGGAGAAUCAAUGCCUGUUGCCAAGUUGACCAUGGUUAACUUUAAGCCUGUAAAAUCAGAACCAUUUGAUGAGAGCAUCAAAACUAAUUCUGUUGUAGUUAAAGCCAAACCUAUGGGCUUGUUAAAUAGUACAAGGGUGAAGUGUGAAUUAGUUGAAAAGUGCAGUUCAGAAAGUUCAAAAUCUUCAAGUCUCAGUCCCUUAAAUUCAGUUGAUGUUAGAUCCAUAAAACCUGAACCAGUGCUCGAGGGUAACCAGGAAACACCAAAGAGAAUGGAGGGAUCAUUGAAUCAAUCGGAUGACCAAAUGCUACGUCCUCUGGAUACUGCAACAGUACCUACUUCUACUGAUUUGUCAUUACAUGGUGAUGUGUCAACUCACGUGGAACAUUUUAUUCAAGCCAAAGAAAUUAAGCCUUGUGGUGAGGCUGAAGAUGCUUCUAAAAUGAUUUCUUCUGAGGUGCAUGAUGUUAAUGAAUUAAAGAUUUCCGGUAAAAUAGAUAACUGUACUUCCCAGAAUAAGAAUGUUGAAGAUCCUGAUCAUUGCAGACUGAAAUUUGUGGAUGUAAGACUGCCUGAUUCAAGGGGAACAGUUGAGGGUUCUGUAAGUGAUGAGGAAAAAAUUAAUUUAUCAGGUGACAUUCAAGAGGAAGAUUCAUAUGGCUCUAAUUAUGAGUCAGAUGACAAUCGAGAGUUAGCUGCAGCUAUGGAUAUGGAACAUGAUGGUAGUGCAGAAGAUGAUUUUGAAGAUGGUGAGGUCAGAGAACCUGUAGAGAACACUGAGAUAGGGACUCCAAUAUGUGAGAGGCGAGAGGCAAGAAAUGGAAAUGAUGGUGAUUCUGGUUAUAGAAACUCAGAGUUUGUAGGGUUUGUUGGUGAUAAAAAUCCAUUUUCAUCCUCUGUCAAAGUAAAAGAAACUCAAGGAGAAGACCCUGGUAAAACAAGUGAAGAUAAUACUAAUGAAUGUAUUGACACAACUGUCAAUCAGGAUUCCACUACAGAAGCUGAUAAAGAGGUCUGUUUGCAAGAAUCAUCAGCUGUUGAUAUGCAUUCCAGUCCAACUGGCAAAAAGAGACCCAUUAAGGCCAUGCCAAGAAAAGCACUUGAUGUAUCAGAAACUGAGGAUACUGUUAAAGUGCAAGAGGGAGAGCAAACGUCUAUCGAAGCCUCUGAUACAAGCCAGGGAACUUCAGUGACCAUUGCUCCAGGUGCAGAUGCUGCUAAAAAAAUUAAUUCAGAAGGAAACAGCAAUUCAGUUUUACCUAAGGCAGAAGCAUUUUUAAAUGGUGAUGAUGCAGGUAAGGAUGUCAACGAUGGAGGUAAUAGGAGUCGGAUUAUAAACUUAUCUCGAGCUUCUAAUCUGUCAUCUCCUGGCAGAACAAGAUCUAUUUCAGGCAGGACAUUGCAGUCGCAAGUUGGAAGAGAGAGAUUGCCUGAUGUUGCCCUUGAAGGAGAUAAGUUUCAUCCUCGAGGGAGAGAUGAAGCUUACGGUGACAGUUCACAUAGAUUCUCAAGAGAGAGGCAUCAUGAUCAGCCAUCCAGAAACAAUAGAAUAAGUUUUAUGCGUGGAAGAGGUAGGAUUUCGAGUCGGAUAGACACCCUACGUGGUGGUCGGGAUUCAGAAUGUAACUUUGCUUCAGAGUUUUAUAAUGGUCCUACAGAAUUUCGUGUUGUCAGACAUAAAUAUGCAUCUGCUGUUUCUGAUGCAGAUCUUAACUUUAGUAGCUAUAAUAAUGGGCAAGAUGGUGCAUAUUUUGGUGCUGGACGAGGUGGGAGAAAGAUUUUGAGUGAUGAUUCAUCAAUUUUCCCCCACUUACCCCGAAGGAGGCGGUCUCCUGGUGGAAGAGAUGGACCUGCUGCAUGCGGGCUUCCAUCGGUUCGCAGAGUUCCAAGAAAUCUUAGUCCAAGUAGAUGCAUUGGUGAAGAUGGAUCUGAAUUAGUUGGAUUGAGGCAUAUGAGAGGUUUUUCUGAUGACCAUACAGACCCAAUGUUUGCACACUCCCAACCUUCAUUUGAGGGAUUAGAUGGUCCUUUUGCUAGGGGGAACAGGGAGUUUCCAUCUGUUCAGAGAAGGGGUCUUCCACGAACUCAUUCAAAGUCUCCGACAAGACCACGAACUCGCUCACCUGGUCCAUGGGCUUCUCUUAGGAGAAGAUCACCCAAUGGAUUUGGAGGGCCUUUGGAAUUACGUAAUCGAAGAUCAUCACCAAUUUACAGGAUGGGGAGGAUGAGAUCACCUGAUACUUAUUUCGCUGGAGAAAUGGUUCUUAGAAGACAUGGAUCUCCUCCAUAUUUGUCUCGACCGUCUAAUGAUUUGCGGGAUCUGGAUCCUGUUCGAGAUCAUGGUCAUCCAAGGUCUGGCAUCCCUAAUAGGAGCCCAUCUGGUCGUGUUUUACUUAGAAACAGUAGACGUUUGGAUAUUGUAGAUCCUCGAGAAAGGAAUGAUGGUGAUGAUUACUUUUGUGGGCCCAUGCCAUCUGGCAGGUUUCAUGAGCUUGGUACUGAUGGAAAUGCUGAUGAGAGGAGAAGGUAUGGUGAUAGACGAGGACCUGUUCGGCAUUUUAGGCCUCCUUAUAGUGGUGCUGAUAGUGAGAAUUUUCAUCUUAAUGCUGAGGGUGGCCCUAGAUCCUUUAGGUUCUGUACAGAAGAUGAUCCAGAGUUAAGUGAAAGAGGAAAUAUGAGGGAAAGGGAAUUUGAUGGACGGAUCAAAAAUCAACCUGGGAAUGCUCCUAGGAGGACAAGAAACAUUGAGGAGCAGGAGGGAAAUUUCAGGCAUGGUGGUCAAGUUUGGCAUGAUGAUGGAUUUGAUGAUAUGUCACGAGUGAAACGAAAACGGUUUUGAGUAGGUUUGUUUAUGCCAUUAGUCACUGUUAAUGAUGUAAAUUAUUGGAGCAGCGGGGCCAGAAUCUGUUACUUCCACUUUCUGCAUAGUUAGGGAUACCAUGUUUAGUGUUUACCAUUCUUGACUGUUUUCUGCAUAUGCCAUGAUCCCUUGUUUAGGAUGUAAAAUAAAAUAUGGAAGCAGCUGCUAGCAGAACCAGUUGAUGGUAA